UGAACGGGGAGCGUAUGAGCAGGGAAUGGGAAACGGGGAAACGGAUAAUUCGCUACAGAGAGACACAGGAGGGGCGCUAGACAGGAAAGAUACCAGGACGGUCUUUGGCAGCUUUCAGUAGCGCACUCAUAACCGAAGACUUUCGCGCAGGAGACAGAAGAUAAUAGAAACAUUACCAAAGAUGAACACGAUUGUUUUCAACAAAUUAAGCAACGAGGUGCUUCUUGAGGAAAAUGCAAAAGAGGUUGAAAGGAGCAGCAUAAACUAUUUAGAAGUAAUCGAUGGACAGCAUCCAGAUAUACUCUCAAACAACCAGGCGAUCAAAGACAGCUCCGCCAUCAGACAUAGGAAGUCUGGAUCCCGCCAGAGCAGUGGGAAGGUGCGACACAAGCGGCAGGCUUUGCAGGAUAUGGCCAGGCCUCUGAAACAGUGGCUCUACAAACACAGGGACAACCCCUACCCCACGAAAACCGAGAAAAUCUUGCUGGCGUUGGGCUCUCAGAUGACCCUGGUUCAGGUAUCGAACUGGUUCGCCAAUGCAAGACGGAGACUGAAGAACACAGUGAGGCAGCCAGACCUGAGCUGGGCCCUGAGGAUUAAGCUGUACAACAAAUACGUGCAAGGGAACGCGGAGAGGCUGAGCGUGAGCAGCGAGGACACCUGCUCGGAAGAUGUAGAGAACCCCCUGCGAACCCAGGCAAGCACGGCCGAGCUGAGCAAGCCCAUUUACCAGAGCGUGAUCAGGAAGGAGGGCGUGGUCAUCGGAGCGGGGCUGAGGGCCGACGCCUCCCUGGGCGAGGAUUACGUCUCCCCGCCCAAGUACAAGAGCAGCUUGCUACACCGGUACCUCAACGACUCUCUGCGCCACGUCAUGGUUGCCAACACCGUCAUGGACUCGCGCAAACGGAACCACUCCGGAUCUUUUAGCUCCAACGAGUACGAUGAGGAGCUACUCUCGCCCUCGUCCUCGGAGACCGAGGCUAACUUCAUUUAUCGCACCGAGACUGUGGACCACAGAUCAAAUAAAUGUGACAACGCACAAAAGGAAAAAGGGCGCGGCAAAGACGAGACGUACUGGAAAGAGAUCAACGCAGCAAUGGCCUUGACGAACCUCGCCCAGGGAAAGGACGGCGAAUCAGGGACGACUAGCUGCAUCAUCCAGAAGUCCUCGCAUAUAUCAGAAGUAAAAACUGUCAAAGUGCCCGUGGUGCAGAAUUAUUAG